AUGUGGCUGUCAGAGGCAGACAACAGUUUUUCUGAUCACAGCAAUGGACAGAGUGGAGGUUGUGGGUUAAAUUCUCAGGCAACAACGCCGGGCAGCAGUAGCUUGAAACAGCUGGAAAAACGCAGUCCAGCCAGCAGAGAAAGUCCUGAUGGAAGUUACACAGAGGACCACAAUGCAGAGCUGCAUUUUAAGUCCCGUAGUUCAGAGUUUGAUGAUGACUUUGAUGAUGAAGAACCAUUACCGAGUAUUGGCACCUGCAAGUCCCUGUACCCAUUUCAAGGUCAGAAUGAAGGCACACUGUCAAUGGUGGAAGGGGAACUACUUUCUGUAGUGGAAGAGGACAAAGGGGAUGGCUGGACUAGAGUGCGGAGAAACUUGGAGGAGGAGGGAUACGUUCCUACAUCAUACAUCAAAGUUUUCCUGGACAGUAGCACCAAAGGUGCAAUGACCUACACCUGACCUUUGUGUGACCUGAAAUGACCUAACCAUCUGUCCUCCAUUUGACUUUUCUGGACGUUCAGACAACAUGUGAAUGACCUCUGACCCAUCUGAUUUCUGACUGUAGUGUUCACAACUGAAUAUUCCACAGGCUCAAGUCAGCUUGUCUGUAUGAUUUUGCUAAAAUGUGUCAAAUUAUAGUGAGAAACAUUGUUUUUUUCUUACUGUUGUGAUGAACAGAUUCCUUGUUUAUAAAAUACCUGUCUGCGUUAUAGGGUUUGUGAUGAACUGUUGGAUAAUUUAGCUUUGCUGCUGACCAACAAGAAGGUCUGACCACAGAAUAUCACAUGAAGAAGUCAGAAAAAGUCUUCUGACAGGUUUUUUAUUGAAAAGACGUUGUCCUUAAAGGUUUCAAAUAACCAGCUGCCAGAAAGUUUUGAUGCAUGGGCAGAAACCUGCUGUUGACUGAUCACUUAUAAAUAGUUACUGAUCGCUCACCAGUUACAAAUUAACUUUUAAAUGUAGAUGAAAUAGUUUGUGAUGAACUUUAAUUCAUUUCCUGUUAAAAGAUGAUUUGAGAUUGAUUAAGCAGCUACAUUAAAUGGUGACAUUUUCACUGAGUCAUUAUUCAUUUAAACACUGAAAAUACACCCAGAUUAUCAGUGUUCCUGGAGUCUAGAAAUCAUGUGAAAAAUAAAAAUGAACUAAAGCUGAACUCACGAGGUGUCAUUGAAAUUAAUGUGGGAUAAACUGCCCACCUGUGAGAGUUGAUGACAUCACUGUGAGAGGGGUCACUCACCUGUAGCAUGUCACUAACUUCACUGUGGGAGGGGUCACUUUAAACCCUUUCUAGUUUGUUCCCAUUAAUUCUGUCUGCUGUUUUUUUCCCAUCAGACUGUUCUGAUUCUGUCUCUUGUAAACAUGCUAGUAUUAGCCACACCCCUGUAAAAAAGUAUUUUUAGACCCUGCUUCUUGUACUCAAACUGAUAUUUCCAUGCCCACAGAGGGAAAAGSCCCCCCCCCCCGCCCCGCCCUUUAGGUCCUGCUCUAUGAAGGCUGGAGUUAGGCAUGUUCUCAUAGGAACAGUUGUAUGGAGCCUGCUCCCUGUGAACCUGAUUUUACCAUGGCRACAGAAAAAUACUUGUUUAGGCCCCACCCUUCAGUUCAUUUUACCAAUCUGUUAUUAAGUGAAAUGUGAAACUUUUAUUUUGUUGAAUUGCCUUUUCAUUUUUAUUAAUAUAAGUUUUAUCCGACUUUUUUUUACAUUCAUGUAUGUUAAACUUUCAAAAUA